AUGCUUGCCACCCUCAACAACGCCUGGAAGAGAUCAGCUUCCGGCGUCAUGGCCGCCUCCACAAUGGCCAAGGCCAUCCGCCCUGCUGCUUCCUCAACCAUCGCCAUGGUCGCCCUAGAUGCGGUUGAGGAUAUGACGAACUACUUCUCGACUCUCCGCCCUUAUAACCCCCCAUCAACACCCUCAGCCUACAACCAUAUGGACUCGGAAAAAAUCGUUCAGGACUUUUUCCGCCAGAUCGAGAACAAGGCGAUGAUCAUGUCGACCAUUGAAGGACAGGCACCAACGACACCUAUUCAGAGCAUUAUGGACGAGUCGGACGAUACCAAUGUCAUGCAUAUGACCAGUGUGUUGCGCAAGAGGAAGAUCAAGAUGAGAAAGCACAAGUACAAGAAGCUCCGUAAGAGAACCAGAGCCUUGCGCAAGAAGCUCGGCAAGUAA